GCUUUCAUCAGCAGCAAUAUACGAGCAAGUGUAGAGUUGACAGGGCCCGCAACGCAGUCUUACGCGGGGCCCUGUUUAUAGCCUACCAGUUUGACUCAGAAUGGGGAUGCUGCGAGGACCUCAAUUGAAACGGCGGUGCCCGGGAAUCCCGUCGAUGAGGCCCGCUUGGUCGCCUCAGCAGCUUUGAGCCCUCACCUAUUGUAAUAGCGAGGUGUCUAAACAUGUCGCUGGCUGCUGACAGUGGCUUGACGGCGAGCCCAAGCCCUGGUAGCGUCAGGUCGCUGCAGGCACUGCCAGAGGUCCUGAGCCCGGUGCGCCAUGGGUUCCUAUGGAAGCGCUCACGGGCCUUCAAGUCGUGGCUGUCGCGUUGGUUCCAGCUGGACGACACAGGGUUCACCUACGCGGUAUCGCCAAAGCUAAUCAAGCGCGAGGGGCGCUAUGUGCUGCCCAGCGCGGUGCGUGAGGUGCUGCCGCUGCCGCCGGAGCGCUACCGCAACGGCGCCACGAUGUAUGGCGUGCGUGUGGUCGCCACCAGCGGCGCCACAAAGGACCUGUAUACAGACGAUGCAGCAGCGCUCGAAGCCUGGACCCGCGACCUAGCCCGCUCCACACCGGCGGCGCGGCAGGCGGCGUACCGGAAGGCGCUGAUGGCAGCGCCGCCGGCCGGCGCGCUGCCGCUGCCGCCGUCACGGCGGCCGGGCGGCGCCGCCUUGCUGAACGAACUUCACCUGGGCGACAUUUGCGAGGUGGACUGGUCGGGCAUGCUGGGCUCGGGGCUGUUCGCGUGCGUGCUGCGCGGCCGGCUGCACGAGGGCGGCGAGGCCGUGGCGGUGAAGAUUAUAAAGAAGGAGGCCAUGAUAGAGUACAGCGAGAUCGUAUACCGGGAGGCGCAGGUGUGGAGCGCGGUGGGCGUGCACCCACACAUCUGCCAGCUCAAGCAGGUGCUGCGGUCCUCUGCUCGGAUGUACUUCAUCGCUGAGCUGUGCGACGGCGGCGGGCUGGUGGAGCGGCUGGCGGCCAGCGCCACGUACUGCGAGCGCGAGGUGGCGUGGCUGAUGCGGCAGCUGCUGGCGGCGGUGGCGCACCUGCACCAGAACGCCAUCGUGCACAUGGACAUCAAGCCGGAGAACGUGGUGUUCGCGACGCGGCGCGAGGAUUCGCUCAUAAAGCUGAUUGACUUCUCGCUGGCGGCCUUCGUGUACACACCCACCGACCCCGGCGGCACGCCUGACUUCGUGGCGCCGGAGCUGCUGAACGCGCCGGACGUGGUGUCCAAGAACGGCUGUGGGCCGGAGGUGGACAUGUGGGCGCUGGGCGUGAUGCUCUUCUUCCUGCUGAGCGGCCAGACGCCGUUUCAGUCCGCCAACUUGGAGACCGUGAUGAUGCGGGUCAAGAGCGGAGAGUGGAACUUCCACGGCCGCCGAUGGGCGCUGGUGAGUGAGGGCGCGCGCGACCUGGUGAGUCGGCUGCUCAAGCGCGAGCCCUCCCAGCGGCUGACGGCGGAGGAGGCUCUGCAGCACCCCUGGCUGAACCGGCCCGAGGCGCUCAGCCAAGCGCUGCUUCAGGACGCCAUCAGCUCAUUCAGGGCUGCGGCCGCGGCGCAGCAGCGGCAGAUGCGCACCAGCUGGAUAAAGCAGGGCAGCGGCGACCUGACGGGCUGCCACGCCACCGGCACCGGCACCGGCAUCCCCGCGCUGCACUCCAACCACCUGUCGCCGCGCGCGUCACUCAACCGGCAGGCCAUGAUGCAGGCCAUGGCGGGCUCCUCCAACGGUCCGCCCGCUGCCGCGCUCAUGAGCACGGGCGGCCUGGUGCGGAACCUGAUGAGCACACACCCCGGCCUGGAUCCAGCAGCCGUGAUGAGUGCCCUGGGGUCGGACCGCCCCGGCAGCCCGCUCAUACGCAACUCGCCAUCCCAAAGCGUCAUGCUUACGGGCGGGCCCUCCGGCCGCGGCUCCCGCGCCACCGGGCACAACUCCAACUCACCCAGCAUGCCCGCAGCCGUGGCCGCGGCGGCCGCAGCCGCAGCCGCGGCCGGUGCGCGCGGCGGCAGCCGGAAUAACUCAUUCUCCGUCGGCGGCGGCGGCCCAGCGAACAUGUCUAGGAUGGGCGCGGGCGGCCUGGCGAGCGGGCCCAUGCCUGCGGGCGGUGUUGGGUCGACAACUCUGACGGCGGCCCUGGCGGUGGCGCGCGGCAGCGGGGGCGGCAGUCCGCACCCGAGCCCGCACCACAGCCCCCACCACAGUGGCACGGGCACGGCGGGCGGCGCGGGCUGCAGUCCCCGCAGCCCGCUGGGCAUGCGCACGCGGCGUGCCAGCGACACCAUGGCGUAUACGAUCUCACUUACGGAGAGGCAGGAGUCAUUCACGCAGAUGCAGGCUCAGGGCCUGGCAGCGCCGCCCAACGCUGGCAUGCAGUGGCCGGCAGCCAUGGCGCUCAACUCGUCCAAAGCGCGCCGCGCCUCCGACGUCCUGUCCUACGGCCUCAUGCCCUACAACAGCGCCAGCCAGGCGGACCUGGGCUCGGCCGCAGCGACCGCGGGGCUCACCAGCGCGGCCGACGCAGGCAGCAGCGUGGGCGCCGCAGGCGGGGCCGGCGGGCAUUCGUCACCGGGCUUGCCGCCGGCCAGCGCAGGCAGCAGCUUCGGCCUGCGCGGCUCGCAGCAGCGCGGCGCCAGCGGCCUCAGCAUCAUGACCAAUGCCUCCACCUCGGCGGCCGCCGCCGCUGCGGCAGCGGCGGCCAUGCGUGCCGGCGGCCGCAGCAAUCCCGAGCUGCUCAGCAACCGGCACGCGACAUCCUCCGCAGGCGCGCAGUCCAACAAUGGCUCGUCGUCCGAACUCGCACCGCCCAUCUCCAGCCGCGAUGCGGACACGGCACCCGGCCAGGCGGCCCUCCUGGCAGCCAUGACGGGCGUGGGCUCGUCCUCCUCGCGCGGAGGCGGCAACGCCGGCCUAAUGCCGCCGCCGUCGCAGUCGCAGGUGCACCUGCAGAGCUCGCCCAGCGCGCCGGCGCCGCAGGCGCCGCCGCCGCCCGGCGAGAAGAAGUACGACGCGGGCGGUGGCGACCGGGGGUUGUCACGCAACAGCCUGAGCAACGCGCAGGCGCGUUUCGCGAAGCUGGCGGGAUCCAAGUCGCAGUCCUUCCACGCCAUCCCCAGCGAUUGGGUGAUGGACGCGCAGGCGCCGCCCACGGCCAACGUGGGGCCGCGGUCAGGCGCGCACGGCGACGGCAACGUGGGCGGCAGCUUGGGUUCCGUCCACCCGGCCAUGGCAGCGGUGCUGACAGGUGCGGGCGGCGGCGGCAGCGCCCGCGGCGCGGGCGCCAGCGGCGCACCAGGCGGUGGUGGUGGCGGCGUCGGCGCCGUGCCGUUGGUGGCGUUGCAACGGCGCGCGUCCAUGAGCUUUACGGCCGGGACCUCGGGCUCGGGCCUGGCCGGCCCGCACGGCCCCUCGCCGCUGUCCAACAGCAGUGCCGGCCGCAUCUUCCCGCCCGACACGCUCGUGGCGGCGGCGGGCGCCAGCAGCAGCAUGCACGGCGCCGGCAGCCGGCCGCCCUCCGGCACUGCCGCAUACACGGCAGGCGCCGGUGGCGGCGGCGGCGGCGGCUCUGGCGCCGGUGGUGGCGUGCCAACCCUGGCCCGCCAGCUCAGCCGCCCGGUCAGUGGCGCUAGCACGCCGCUCGCGCCCAGCCCAAUCCACAGCCAGUCGAACGUGCCUUUCCAGGCCUUUUCCAGCGGCGGCGGCGGCAGCGGAGCCGGCGGCGUGCCCGGGGCCUCCGGCGCGCCGGGCUCCACGUCCAUGUAUGCAGCCGUGCUGCGUGCCAAUCUGUCUGGGCACGCGCUCACGUCCACGUCAGGCGCCGAGAGCGGCGGUGGCGGCGGGGCGCUGGGCGGCGGCGGCGGCUCCAGGCGGGCCACGGCCACUGGCGCGGGCAGUGGCGCCAGCACGCCUCGCAGCUGCGGCAGCCCUUCGGGCAGCGGCACGCAGCCGCACACCGCGGACGCGGGCGGGCCGACGGUGUCACAGGCGACGGCGGCUGUGGCGGAUGGCAGCAUGAUGCGGACCACCAGCAGUGGCUCUCUGAGCGGCGCAGCCAUGAUGCAGCCGCGGUCCCUGCGCGGCAUGGCUGGCAGCGGCAUGGCCGGCGCAGCGGCGGUGGGCUCGGGCUCCGGCGCGCCCGGCACUGCGUCGUUGAGGGCGGACUCGGGCGGCAACACGCAGAAGCUCAUGGAGCAGGUGGUGCUGGGGCCGCUGCUCAGGUCGUCGAGCUCCAACGUGGGCGUCACGGGGUCGAGCGCCGCUGGUGGCGGAGGUGGCGGGGACCAGGCCUCGGCGUCGGGCAGUGGCAGCGUGGUCGGCGCCAGCAGCGGGGCGCCCUCCGGCGCUCGAGAGCACGCCAGCGGCGGUGUGCCUGGCAGCGGCGCCAGCGGCGCCGCAGUGGGCACAGCGGUGGCGGUGCUGCUUGCUGACGGAUCGUCAGCGCUACGGCCGACGGCCUGGUCAAAUGACACGGCCGGCGGCAGUAAUCGGCGGCGUGCGGGGACGGAGCCGUCGCUCGGCGUCGCGCGCGCGGGCGCCGCCAGCGCUGACGACGGCGGCAGCGGCUCCGCCGCCGACGGCUUGCAACCGCCUCGCUUCUCCAGCGGGCCGCAGGCCAGCGUAGCGGACGCGGGCGGCGGCAGCGGUAGCGGCGGCAACGGCUCUUCUAGCGGCGACGCCGCAGGCGGCGGCGCACGGGCGGCCCCACCCAUCGCUGACGCGCUGCGCGGCAACGCAUUGGGGCGGCGUGCCAGCAGCCGUCUGGCGCUGGAGACGAUCCCUAGCGAGGACCCGGAGAGCCUGUCGGGCCUGAUUCGCUCUGUCCGCGAAGAGCGUGUCGGCGCCGGCGGGGCUGGAGGUGGUCUGGGCGGAACCAGCCUCGGCGGCACCAGCAGCAGCAGCAACCGGGGCGGCAUUGCCGCUCACGCCGCGUUGGUGUUAGCCGCCAACCUGCCGUCAGGUGCCAUGGGCUCAACGGGCAUCGACGUGGGGCCGGUCUCGGGGCCGGAGGGCGGCGAUACGAGGGGCGCCGAGUGCGGGGGCGGUGCGCUGGCGUCUCUCAUACAUCUGCCCAGCACGGCGUCAGAGACAACGGAUGAGAUGAUGCCCUCGCUGCGGUCUGGCAUGGCCACCUUGGACCCCGCGGCGGGCUUGAGGAGCGGACCGGCGGCGGACCUCGCCGCCGCGGCGUUGUGUGUGGCGCCGCCACAGCCGCCACUGGGCGUCCCCUCGCGUGCCCGCGAGCCGCCGGUGUCACACGCGCCACCUGUUCGCGCCGCGACCGGCAGCUCAGGCAGUGGCUCUGCGCUGCACCGCGCCACCAGCGCCCUGGGUGCGAGCAGCUUGCACAGCGGCGGCAGUCUCAUCAGCGGCCCUACGCCGGGCAGCGGAGGCCUGAUGAGUGCGCCGCACCGCUCUGCAUCUCUGAAUGACGAAGCGAUGCGGGUUUCGGAGGCCGGCGACCGCAGCAGCGGCGGCAGCGGCCACAGCAACUUUGGCAGGCAUAGCCAGGGCAGCGCCAACGGCGCAAGUCCGUUGGGCAGCCCGGUGGGGGGUCGCGGCAGCGGCGCCAACAGCGGCGGCAGCGGCAGGCAGAGUGUGCGGCGAGCAACAACGGCUGUUAACCUGCGCCUGCACGCCACCACAGCGGCGGCGGCGCAGGCGGCAGCGGCGGCAGAGAAGGCGGCGCUCGCGGCGGAGCAUGUGGACGCGUCAACUGCGACUGGCGUGCGGGCACCGCACUCGCCCACCGCCGUCGUACGGGCGCCGCACUCGCCCAUACCCGGCUCCUCUCCUCGAGCCGGGGCCAGCAAGCCGCCCGCGACCAAGACCGUGAAGGAGGAGAACAGCUCCAGUUCAGAGUCUGGGUCUGACGGCAAGGCCGAGCCUGACACCGAGGGCAAGCCGGACCCCUUCGCGCACUGGGACUGGCCGCCGCCGGCGCCCGUGCCGCUCGCGCCGCGGGCGCCUGGGAGCGCGGGGCACCGGCAGCGCGCUGCCAGCGCCAUGGGGCUGUCGGGCGCGUCUCUGGCUGCAUUGCUGGCGCAGGCGGCGCCGCUGGCGCAGGCGGCGCAAGCCAGCGCCGCGGCGCAAAUCGAAUGCAUCUACAGCAGCAGCGGCGGCGGCAGCUUCACCAGCCAGCGCGGACACGGGCCCCCGGGCAGCAUCCGCGCCGCCGGGCUGCUGGCGGGCUUCGGCCACGGCAGCGACCUGGGUGCGGGUACGGGCAGUGGCGGGCCAGGCACGCCGCACUACCCGGUCGAUGACGGCAGCGCCGGCGCCAGCGGAGGGCCGCGGUUACUGGGCUCGGGCAACGGCAACCCGACCCGCGGCGUGCGGCGCGCGGCCACCUCAUCAAGUAUGGGCACGCUCGUGUGUACGGCUGCGGACGGCAUCGCUCCCGCCGUGGAUGAGGACAUGCGCUUCGCACAGAACGCCACUGCCGCCGCGCUGCGCGGCGCCGGCGUCCCCGGCGGCGGCGGCGGCGGCGGCGGCAUGAGCCAGGUGGUGAUGGCGACGACCACAGGCGGUGGCUUUGCCGGAAGCGGAGUCGGGGGCAGCAGCCGCAUGGCCGGCGGCGGCGGCACGUCGCUGCACGGGCAGGUCAGCAUGCCGGCGGCAGUGGCGGCGGGUAGCGUCUCCGGCGCCGAGUCGCCCGUGCAGCCGCUCAAGACCCGCACCAGCGCCGCCGCUGGCGGCGCCGGCGGCACCCUGGCCGCGCUGCUCGCGCAGGCAGCGCCGCUGGCGGCAGCGGCGCAGGCAAACGCCGCCGCGCAAACCGCCGCCCGCAUUGCCAGUAACAGCAGCACCGCCUCCAUAACCCCCGCCGCCGUGCCGUACGGCGUGCGCGCCGCCGCCGGCAGCGGGCCCUCCACGCCCACCGGCCACAACACGCUUGCGGUGCCCGGCGGCGGUGGUAACGCCUACUUCGGCUCGGCGUCGGGCCAGGGCCCAGCCGGUGUCGGCAGCAGCAGCGGUGCGUCCGCUGGCUCCGCGGAACAGCCUGGCGGCGUGGGGUCGUGGGCGCGGCGCCGCAGCAGCACCAGCAGGGACCUGCGGGACCGCACCGCCGCGUCGUAUCUGGCGGCGGGUGGCAGCGCGGUGCACCGACUGGGCCAGAACCCCGCCGGCGUGUUUGCGGCGGCCCUUGCGGCGGGCGGCGGCGGCAGCAGCGGGGGCACGGGCACCGGCAUGGGCGUAGCCAUGGGCGCCUCCAUGGGCACGAGCCUGGCCCUGGCGGGCGGCAGUAGCAGCGGCGUGCCUGACACGCGGGGUGUGUGGCUGACCGGCGGGGCGGUGGGCGGCGUGCAGCCGCGCCUGUCGCAGUCGCCGCCGCGCGAGCAGGGCAGCCCCGGCGGCGCGUCGAUGUCCUCCGCGGGCCGCCUGUCCACCUACCCGGCGGUACCCAGCCGCCUCAGCCACUCCGGCACCGGCACAAACACGCCGCGCCUUGCGGGCGUACCGGGGGGAGCCGCCGCCAGCACGGCCGGAGCCGUGGCCGGGGCUAGCGGCAGCGGCGUGCUGAUAGGCGUGCAGUCGCCGGUGCUGUCGCCGCAGUCGUCUCUCAACCGGAUGAACACGGGAGCGUCCAGCUCUUCGGCGGCCGUAGGGCACGCGGCGGCGAACAUCGGCGGCGGUACCUCCAGCAGCGGAGCGGCGUCCUUGCUGCCACAUUCGUUGUCCCUGCCCGCCAAUUCCGCGGCGACGGCGCAGGCGGCGGCUGCGGCGCAGAUUGCGCAGCUCACGCAGCUGCACCACUUGCAGAACCAGCUCCACCAGCAGAGCCAGCUGCGCGUGCGAACCAGCUCGCGCAGUGGCAGCUCCUCCGCAUUUGCGCCGGCGCCCACGGGCGGCGCCGUCUCGGCCACAGGUCUGGGCGUGGGCGUGGGUGUGGGCGCCUUGCGCCUCAACGGCGACCGCUUGCGCGGCCGCGGCACCAGCAGCGGCGGCGGCGUGAGCCCCAGCCAUAGUGCCAUGCAGCUCGGCGGGGCGUUCGGCACCAGCGGGAGCGGUGGCGCCGCGGCGAUCCCUGCGCUUGACAAGGACAAGCUUAUUGAGGACAUGGAAAGGGAGAUACAGACGCUGCACGGGCAACUGGGGGCGGCCCGGCGCAGCAACGCCUCGCCGCCUCGACACAGCCGCAUGUCGGGCGGGGGCUCGGCGCAGCAGCUGCGCACGCGUCAGUAGCAUGGGCAGCGCACGCGGUGGUCAACACCGCUGAGCGGUGGUGUCACAGGCACUGGACGUGCAACGCCACGCGAUUACAAGGCUAUCCCUGUUCGGAUUGAGUCGGGAAGGAAUUGGAUCGAUUAUCGUUCAUGGCUUGUAUGGCAAGCAGCGCGUUCGGGCGGCUGGCUGCUAUGCAACAAUCAAUUCAGAGAUUAUUUUGCGCGCGCGCUUUCCAACCAUACUCAGCCUCAGAAACUUGAUUUGCAAUGGAAGGAAAAUGCGAGCAGCGCGCGGCCAUCCACGUGUGAUUGUAAUCGCAGUUUCUACAGUGCGCGGCGACGUGGCAGACACAGCGCGGGGUCACUGUGUGUGCGUUUGCGUAUGGGUGCGCUUGUACGUGUGCACUUGUGCUGUUUUGUGUCCCGUGAUCUGGCCACACCUGUGCGACAGCUUUAACACUAGGUGCGAAUGCAUGCAUGUUCAAGGUGUGCAUAUGCAAACCGGGAGCCGUGCUGCAGGCGCAUCCCCCAUCGUUGGUGAUGUACAUUGCUAGCGAGUGCGCAGGGGACUUCGUCGCCGCCACCGGCCCCCACUCAUGCACGGUGGACCCGCAGCCUGAUCUUGUUGUACGUGAAUAGUGUACUAUUUGCAUGAUACCGUAUUGAGUUCAGGGUACAUAUGACUCGGGUCAACCCUGAGUGUACCCAUGCUUGCGUGUGAAUCAUUUGAAGUGUGGAAGCAAGCAACAUGAACCGAAUCCGCCUUGUUAUGCUGCUUAAGCGCAUGGGCUUUGGCCAGCCGCCGGCGCUGUCCCGGGAGCACCACCAGCAGCAGGGGUCGGGUGGUCAUGUGGGGCGCAAUGUAUGGAGGUGUCAUCCAGUAUGCUUAUCUGGGCGCUUAUUGCGCUAAGCCAAUCGAUUCGUCGAGCAGGUUCAGUUUUGUGGCGUGAGAGCCGCCUCACCCUGUUUGCGCACGUGCGUAAGUGCUGUGCUGCAGUAGCCUGAUGCUCUACCCAAAAACUUCAAAACGGAUAUCUUUCCCUUAAGUAGGUGUAGGAGCAAGUUCGUGUGUAGCAGGGCAUUGGACACUUAGGGACAAUCAAGGUACAGGCUCAAGGUGGGGGAGCACACGGUACGGAACGAUACCUUGCUGUUUGCUCCUUCGUGGGGCCGUAAUCUGGCGGCGGGCCCCGCCACGGGCCCCCGAGGCCCGAGCCCAUGAACCUACCUGUGCCUCCUGUAAGCAGGGCACAGCGGCUGAUCACUUGUGAAGGCUUGGAGCAGAUGCAUGGGUGUGGCAGGGUGUGGCUACUGUCCGAAGAGCACACCCAUCCCCUCUGGAGGAAUCUCAAAGCGAUCCC